AUGCACCUGUCAUUUCGAGCCAAGUGCAUUGCCGGACACUCGUGUCUUCAUCCCACUUUUGCAAGGGAAGAUCCGAUACACACCUGCCUUCCCUUCCUCAUCAUCGGAACGCUGCCGACAUUGUUCCCAUACCUCGUACCGACGAUGAUGAUCGACAACGACAAGCCGUUGGCGGCAGAGAUGCUGCCCAGCUACUCUCCGUCGGCGUCCAACCGCAGGCCACGCCUGUCGCUUUCAUUGCGAUCGUCUUUCCUUUCCCUGCUGGGCUUUGUCACGCUCGUAUAUUACCUCGGCAUCUUUGCCACCUACAGCGGCACUCAGCAUCACGUCUAUCAGCCUUCGCCUCAUCCUCAUGUUCAGUCGGUCUUUUCUGCAUCCCUGGCAAAAUGCGAGGCGAUUUUUGCGCCUGCGGGCCCUCCUGCGGACUUCCACAGGAGGAAACGCUCGGAACGAGCCGAGCCCAACGUCCAAGAUGUGGUGAUUCGCAACGCUACGCUCUGGACUGGAAAUCAGCACGGUCAUGAGGUGCUUGCCGAACGCGACGUCUUGCUCUCUAACGGCAUCAUCAAGCGCAUUGCUCACACCCGGGAGAACGAGUUUCUCGGGCACGGCACCAAGGUCGACAAGAUCAAGGUCAUCGAUGCUGCCGGACGAUGGGUCACGCCCGGUCUCGUAGACAUGCAUGUGCAUCUCUCUGUCGGCCCCGUCACGGCUCUUGCCGGUGACCAAGAUGUGAACAGCAUCGGCAAGAACAUCAACCCUUACCUUCGCACCGUCGACGCCAUGAAUCAGCACGAUGCCUCCUUCCGCAAGUCGCUCGCUGGAGGCAUCACCGCCGGUCUUGUCCUCCCUGGUUCGGCCAACUCGAUGGGUGGACAGGCUUUCCCAAUCAAGUUUCGACAGCCGUCUUCGCAUCUCCCGCAGGAUCGCCUGAUCGAGCCGCCUACGUCUCUCGCCCGCUUGGGUCAGGGCAAAGGCAGCUCGUCUCAACACUCUCUUCUGCAACACGAUGUAGAAACUGGCUUGCACCGAAACGACAGCAGCUCGAGCUGGCGCUACAUGAAGAUGGCCUGCGGUGAAAACGCACGUCGAGUCUACAAGAUCACUCGAAUGGACGAAGCGUGGGACUUUAGGAGGACAUUCAGCGCUGCCAAGGCCCUCAAGAACAAGCAGGAUGCCUUCUGUGAUUCUGCCAAAUCCUUCGCCUCGCUUCACGGGUCCCAUGCUUCUCCUUCGACCCUAGCAGAGGCCGAGUUCCCGGACGACCUCGAGCUCGAAGCGCUCGUCGCCCUUCUCCGCGGCAAGGUCAAGCUCAACACCCACUGCUACACCCAAGUCGACUUCGAGGCGUUCGUACGUCACUCGAACGAAUUCGAGUUCUCCGUCGCCGCGUUCCACCACGCACACGAAUCCUACCUCGUUCCGGACCUGCUCAAACAGACUUACGGAAACGUCACCCCUGCCAUCGCCAUCUUCAGCACCAAUGCGAACUACAAGCUCGAAGCGUACUUCGGCACACCGUUCGCAGGCGCCAUCCUGGCGUCUCACAACAUCACGCCCGUGUAUAAAUCCGAUCAUCCGGUGACCGACUCGAGACGUAUCUUGAACCAGGCGGCUCAGGCACACCACUUUGGGUUGGCAGAAACGGAUGCGUUGAGGAGCGUCAUUUCGGCACCGGCGGAGAGGUUGGGGUUGGAUCAUAGGCUGGGGUACAUCAGGCAGGGGUGGGAUGCGGAUGUGGUGGUGUGGAAUACGCAUCCGUUGAGGAUGGGUGCGACGCCGGUCGAGGUGGUGAUUGAUGGUGUGCCGCAGCUCGGACCGCACGCUCCUGUUCCUAGCCCUGAUCUGCCCAAGAGCGAAGAAGAGCUCAAUAGCGAGAAGCACGAGACGCACCCGCCAGCACUUGCUGCUCCCAAAGGUGGAAACUUUAGCUCGGAUAUCGAAAAAGUCAAGAGCACCUACGACUCGAUCAUCACGUUUGACUCGCUCGCUUUCCCCUCCGCUAAACCCCCCACACCCAACUGCACCGCGUUCGUCAACGUCGGCCAACGGUUCUUCCGCUCUCGCGACGAACAGCGUAUCUCCACCGAGACAUUCUCCUCCUCCUCUGGCACGAUCGUCGUGGCUGACGGUAAAGUGCUGUGCAGUGGCGAAGCCUGCUCGUCCACCGUCUGUCCCUCUUCCUCCAUCCAAACCAUCGAUGCGCACGGCGGUGUAGUUCUUCCCGGUCUCACGUCUUUCGGCUCCAACCUCGGUCUGACGGACAUCGUCUUCGAAGCAGACACAUCCGACGGCUACACCCUCGACCCCACCACCUCAUCCAACCCGAUCCUCCAGACCCCCGAAUACCUUCGCACCUGGUCCACCGCACGAGCCGUCGACGGCCUGCAGUUCAACGGACACGACCUCCUCCGAGCUCGCGCAUCCGGCGUCACCAAAGCCAUCGUCUUCCCUCAGAGCGACACGUUCUUCUCCGGCAUCUCGGUCAAGUUCGACACGGGUGCGCAGACUGUCCUCUCGCCAGGCGCGGUGGAGGUGGAGGAAGUUGCGGUUCACGUGACCCUGGUUCACAACCGUGAAGGCUUCAGUAUCAGCGAACAGAUCGGAUUGUUGCGGAAAUUGCUUUCCGGUGACAACGAGGAGAACGACGUUUGGAGUCGAGUUGCAGGGGGGGAACUUCCUCUGGUGGUGACGGCGUUGCGUGCGGAUCAUAUCUCUCAACUUCUGAGGUUGAGCGAUUCCUUCCCGAACGUCAAAAUCGUCAUCUCCGGCGCUGCUGAAGCCCACCUAGUAGCGGAAGAGAUCGCAAAGCGAAACGUGCCCGUCCUGUUGAUCCCCCAAACCUGGCCUAGAACAUUCGACGAACUGCGCGGUCUAUCCGGUCCCCCCCUGACACGCGAAACGACCCUAUCGAGUCUCAUCAAAGCGGGCGUCAAGGUCGGCUUGAAGAUCGAAGAAGCGUGGAUGGCAAGCAACCUCCUCUGGGACUCGACUAGAGCUGCACUCGAGACGAACGGGCUGUUGGGCAAGAAGGAGGUGCUCGAGUUGGUAAGCACCGCGUUGGACGACGUGCUGGGCAUCGAGAAGGGUGACACGGAGGAGGGAGAGGAGGAGUUUGUGGUGUACGACGGAAACCCGUUCGAGUACGGAGCCAAGGUGAUCGCUGUGCACUCGAAGCGAGGGACCGAGGUUGUCGAGGUGUAA